AUGUAUGAACAAAAUGAUUACCUUCAACUACUCAAGAAUCUACCUUUUGAACUGUUCUUGCGAGUUCUUGAUAAUUUAAAUCCGAUGGAUUUAAAAAAUUAUAUUCAAAUGCCAAAUUUAUACCAUGAAUUAAAACAUCGUUACAAGAUAAUUCAGUGGCCUCCUGAGGAAAUCCAUCCAAAUUAUAAAGAUGUUUUCAUGAACUUAAAAGAUAUAAUGGGUGAUGAUGAUUCCAUGACAUGUCUAUCUCGAUUCAAAGGUCUGAUUUUUAUAAUCAUUAACAAAUUUGGAGGAAAUCCAGAGGAUUUAUUGUUUGAUGAAUUUGCACUUAUGAUGCAAGAGAAGGUUCUUAAAUUUGAGGAUUUGAAAUUAUAUUUCAAUAUGGAGAAUAUUUUGGAUCAAUCCCCGUACGUGGAUCAGUUGCUUAUCAAUCAUUUUUGUACACGUAUCUUGAAGUAUAAACCAAAUAUAUUUCAAUAUUGUUUACUACCUGGUCUGAAAAAGCUUGAAACGUUAAGUGGAUUAUGGAGACCUGAUUUUAUAAGCAAGCUUGAUUUCACUCAAUAUAAAUCAAAUAUUGAUAAAGAUGAUAAUGACCAUACGGUGAAGUUUAUGGGUGGCUUAGAAACAUUAUGUCUUGAAGGUGUCCUUAGAACUGAUGUUUUGGAAUCCAAAAUCCCACUUUUCCCUCCAAAAUUAUUUUUAUAUCAGCUGUCAAUUACGCCACCUAUAACUAAUAAAUGUUUCCAAAAUAUUGUAAGAUUAGAAUUGAAUGAUAUUACUGAUGAGACUUUUGGGUUCAUUGAACUUCCAAACCUUGUUCGUUUAUUAAUUUCAGGAUCAUUUUUAUCUAAAGUAUCAAAUUUGAAAGCAAUAAAUUUAAAGUCCCUGGUGAUUCGCUCAUAUCUUGAAAAUGCAUCCCUUGAAUUAUUACAUAUUGAAACACCACAGAUUAAAAAGUUAGAACUAUGUUGUGAAACAUUUCAUUCUGCACAAUUUGUUACCUCCCUUGAUACACUGGAAGAAGUUACAAUUUAUCAAGGUUGUUCCAAUGAUAUCAGAAUACCAAUAAUCAAUCUGGAAAAUUUAUUGAAUGACCAAUCACCUAAUCCUUUUACUUUUGCUAGCUCUGUGAAAAAGAUAAGAGUUGGUAAUACAAUUCCUAUAUUCACAAACCUUCAUUUCCCAAAUCUUGAAAGUUUAACCAUUUUAGGGGAGGAGUACGGUUAUAAUAGUUACAAUAACCAGAUUCAUUAUAUCCCAGGUCCAGUUAAUGAAUUAAUCUUUACUAGUGUUCCAGUAUUUAACAAUCUUUGUUAUUUAGGAAGGCCUGGGAUUAAUAAGGUUCAAAUUAUAGUUGACUAUAUGCAAUUUUCAGAUAGGCAAGGCUUGAAUUUUAAAGGGUUAUCGAAAUUUUACCCAAACGUUGAAACUUUGAUCUUGAAAAAUUGUUUGUUACCAGAUAUGUACCUUCAGGAGAAUCACAGUAUAAAGAAAUUAGAUAUAAGUUUUUCAAAUGAAAUUCAUAAUAUUAUACAUUUGAAUUUCGAAAAGACAGUUCUAAGUCAAUUGAGAAAGUUGAAGAUAAGUCGUCUUUUAGGUGGGAAAGUACAUCCAUAUUGUGAUUCCAUACUUUUCAGGCACUUUGAAGCAGCAAAGUUAGAAGACCUAAUAAUGGAGAAUGUUUUCCUUCGAAAUCAUUUCAGUACAUUGACACACCCUAUGUUGAAGAAAUUAUACAUUCCUCGUAUACUAAGCUUGGAUAUUGCUAGUAGUGAAAUAUUGGAAGAAGUUUACCUUGAUGGAGAGGGGAUAAGUUGUUUUCGUGGCUUAACGAUAGGUCAAUUACCAAAUAUUGUUGAGUUUCAUCCACCGAAAAAUAUGAAAAGUAGGACCAUGGGUGAAUACCAAAUAUAUGAGUGUAUUAAUCCAGCUAGAGCCUAG